AUGGCAGGACGGACCAGUACACGCCUCCUCUACUUGACAGUACCCCUCGGCGCAGCUUCGGCCUAUGGCAUCCACAUUGGCCUGUCACACCUAGAAGCCAAAUACCCCAACCUUUCAGCCUCCAAGUACGCCAGUGCUGCUCUCCAAGCUCCGCAGCACCCGGACACCCAACGCUGUGCCUAUACCGACAUUUUCGCAGCGCAGAUUCCACUGACGGCGUUGCAAAAACGCACUCGGUCCGGUACUCAUCAAACGGACCAAAUCGCACUCGAAGAGGCAUGGGCUCGGACAGUGCUGAACAGCCGCAUCCUCCGGGUGGAAGCCUCUGUACUGGGUCUAUUAACGAAGGGGAAGUUCCACCCUGGAGAUACAGGCCAGAAUGGAUUUCGUGACGGUCGUGACGGCACGACGCAGACACUGCUGAAUGGAGUGGCGUAUACGCAACGCAUCCCGGGCGCAGAUGCAGACAGUCGUGGGUUAUUGAUUGCGUGGGGGAUGGCAGAGCCACCACGGGUCUUUUUUGAGAUGAUCGCUCGCUGGGGAUAUCCCUGGCGCUUGAUGUCCGGGGGACGGCAUGAGAUGGGCGUGUCGGAUCCUUAUGAGGUUCCGGGGCGAGGUCUGUGCGUGGAUGUACGAUUUGCGGGCGCCCAUGACUAUGAGAUUUUUGCUGUCGAGGGGGAGAACCAAAAAGUGAUUCCGGCCUGGGUGAUGCGAUUACAUGCGGGAUAUGCGCGAUUGAUUCUGGACCAGGCGGUGCGAGAGCUGUUGCAAUGA